AUGCCUGGUGUAGGACAGAACCUCCAAGAUCAUUACAUGGUUCCUUUCCAAUGGGAGACAGACAAGGGCUUUGCCGACAUCCCCAUCCCAGCUCUCUUCAAUCCCAGGGCAAAUCAAGAUUUCCUGAACGCUGCCGUCAUCUUCGAUCGUGACACAACAAUGAUGAAACAUACAAGUUUCUUCAACCUCUCGUCCCAGGAACAGCACUGGCUAAGCCGCGCAAAUGAACUCAAUCUCGAGAUCCUCGCUGUAAACAAUUGGCAUCCCGGAGUUAGCCCGCCCGCUACUCCAAAACUCUUUCUGGGCGCGGUUGGACUUGUCCCCCAAUCCGAAGGUAGCGUUUCCCUCACUUCUUCAGACUGGCAUGACGCACCAAGCAUCCAGUCCAAUCUCCUCGGCGAUGAACAUGGACUGGAUCUUGCUUUCGCUAUCUCUUACACCUGCAGAGUCCUCAAUUUGAUCGAGUAUACUGAUGCCGUGUCACCGCAUAUUGUCUCCCCAGAGCUCCGGCCAAAAUCAGAUAGUGAAGAGGAUAUCACUGCUUCCCUUGGUGAGAAUGUUGCAACUCUUUGGCAUCCGGCACGUACAACACGAAUGGGUCCACUGGAUGACGAGAGCGAUAGGAUGGUUGACCCUUUCUUCCGGGUCCGUAGAUUCGAGAACUUGCGCAUUGCGGACCCUGGUGUUGUACCUGUUAUGCCAAACUGUCACCCGGCGUCGGUUGCAUUGCUGAUCGGAGCUUGGGCAUCAGAGCGUAUAAUCACACUGAAGCUUGAGAAAGGCAAACAAUACUAUCUACAGGGAUCCUCAUUCUUAUGCGUGCAUGGAUUCCAAGAUCGGAGUCCCAAUAUGGUGGCAGGUAUGACAGGCCAGAUAGAGCUGGCAUGA